AUGGAGAUUUCCAGAUCUCCUGAGCGUGGGGGAAUGAUUGAGAAGUAUUUACCAUUGUGGGCCCUCAUUCCAAAUAAGUCAGAAUUCCUUGAUGUUCUGAGAAGUGCUGAAACUAUGAGGCUGGCUCACCAGGAGCAGAGGAGGGCAGCCACACACACUUCCCCUCCCUCUUCCUCGCAUCCAGAGCCCCCUUCGCUCUCCUCUCCUUACUUGGAGGACCCAUACCGACUUCUCCUCUCCUGGCGGGGGAUCCACACCCACUCCCCCCCUCCUCCUCGUAGGACCCAUUGCUCCAACUACUCUGAGCCAGACAAACUUUCCCCCUCCAUUCCGACUUAUCAUCUCCUCUUCCUCCUCCUCCUUCUCCCCGGAUCCAUACCGUCCCUGCUGCCCCUCCUGCUGGGAUCCGUAUCAACCCCCCCCCCCACUCCGUUCUCCUUUCUCCCUCUCCAGAGGAGCCAUACCACCUUCUCCCUCCUCUUCGGAUCCAUACCAGCUUCUCCUCUCCUGGACGGACUUUCCCCCCUCCUCCUCCUCCUGCUGGGUCCGUAUCCACUUUCUCCCCUUCCUCCUCGGACCCAUACCAACUCCUACCCUCCUCCUCCUCCUCCUCCUCCUGGCCGGAUCCCUGCCGCCUUGGCAUCCCCCGCGCCAGGGCCACCGCCAUGCCCCCCUUCCCUGCGCCCUGGCCGCCGGGCUUCUCCCGCCGCCUCCUGCUGCUGCUGCUGCUGGAGGCUGGGCUGCUCCUGUCCGGCCCCGCCAAGGCCAGCCGUCCGGGGGGGCGCGGCCGGUGCGGAGGCCGCCGUGGAAGAGGAGGCGGCGGAGGAGGAGGAGGAGAAGGUGCUUCGGGUGCUGGUGCUGCUCCCGCAGGACGACGGCUACCUCUUCUCGCUGGGGCGGGUGCGGCCGGCCAUCGAGUACGCGGUGCGGAGCCUGGAGGCCAACGGGAGCCUGCUGCCGCCGGGCUACCGCUUCCGGCUCUUCUACGAGGACUCGGGCUGCGGGAACCGGGCGCUCUUCAGCCUGGUCGACCUGGUGGCGCUGCGCCGGGAGUGGCCGGACCUGCUGCUGGGCCCGGUCUGCGACUACGCCGCCGCCCCGGUGGCCCGGCUGGCCUCGCACUGGGGGCUGCCCAUGAUCUCGGCCGGGGCGCUGGCGGCCGGCUUCGGCGCCCAGGCCUCCUCCUCCUCCGGCGGCGGGGAGUACAGCCACCUGACGCGGGUCUCGCCGGGCUACGGCAAGCUGGGCGAGGCGCUGCUGGCCCUCUUCCGCCACCUCCGCUGGGGCCGGGCCCUGCUGGCCUACCACGAGGACAAGGAGCAGAGGAGCUGCUUCUUCGCCGCCGAGGGCGUCCACCUGGCCUUCCGCGACGCCGGCCUCCACACCGACGACUUCGCCUUCCAGGAGGAGGAGGAGGAGGAGGAGAGCGGCCCCAAGUACGCCGAGGACGUCGCCCGCGCCCUCCAGGCCAGCGGAGAGAGAGUUGUGAUCCUGUGUGCCAGCAGUGAUGCAGUAAGGAACAUCAUGCUGGCUGCACAUCGGCAAGGGAUGACCAAUGGAGACUACGCCUUCUUCAAUAUAGAGCUCUUCAACAGCUCUUCCUAUGGAAAUGGCUCAUGGAAAAGAGGAGACAAAUAUGACCUCGAAGCAAAGCAAGCAUACUCAUCCCUCCAGACAAUCACAUUACUGAGAACAGUGAAACCUGAGUUUGAGAAAUUUGCCCUGGAGGUGAAAACAUCUGUUCAGAAACAAGGAAUCAGUCAUGAUGAUUAUGUUAACAUGUUUGUGGAAGGAUUUCAUGAUGCUAUUAUCCUGUAUGUUCUGGCUUUGCGGGAAGUUCUGAAGAAUGGUUUUACUAAGAAAGAUGGAGAGAAGAUUGUCCAUCAGACAUGGAACAAGACUUAUGAAGGCAUUGCAGGGCCAGUAUCCAUAGAUGCCAAUGGAGAAAGAUUUGGGGAUUUUUCUGUAAUUGCAGUCACUGAUCCAGAAACUGGAACCCAGCAGGUUAUUGGGAACUAUUAUGGAAAACAGGGACGGCUUGAGAUGUUUCCAAACGUAAAUUAUCUCUGGGAACACAAACUGGGAAUGGAUGACAGCAGAGGUUUGGAACACCCAAGCAAUACACCCUGUAAAUCAUGUGGUCUAGGAGAAUCAGCAGUCACAGGAAUAGUUGUGGGUGCCUUAUUAGGAGCAGGAUUGUUGAUGGCCUUCUACUUUUUCAGGAAAAAAUACAAAAUAACUAUUGAGAGGAGAAGUCAACUGGAAGAAUACAACAUCGGCAAGCACCGCCAAUUACGAGAAGACUCUAUAAGGUCUCACUUUUCUGCUGCAUGAAGUAGAGAGACAAAAUUGUUUUUGCAGGGAAAACCUAUUGACAAAUGGAUGCUACCAAAGACAGUUACAGAAAAGAAGUUCAUUAAGGACUCAGCAUUUAAGGAAGUAGAGUAACUUUGUCUUUCCCCCCCCCAGAAACUCAGGAAUGAUUUACUAGCCACAUUAUGCCACAUGGCCUUUAAAAAAUCUCACUGAAAGAAAACUGACAAAAGUGCAGUUGGGCAAGAUGGUUUUAACCCUUUGUGUGUAUUCUGAUACAAUAUCUUGUCAGUCAUUUUUCAUCUUGGAAAUGUGAAUGGUUCUUCUGUCUGCCUCCUUUUAAACUUCAGGUCAUCCUUUAUUAGCUGCUUCUCACAACAGAUUACAAAAGAAAUGUGGUCUCAGAAAUACAGGUUUUGCUUCACAGCAAGAACAGAAAGAUGUAUUGAACAGUGGAGGCAGGAUGGAAAAAGAAAGGAACGUGUGGGUCGUACAAGAAUUUGUUGGAAAAGCGUGAGCUUGUUUUGUUCUUGGAACAUAAGAAACCAAAAGCUUGAGGAAAGGCAAGAUAUGAUUCUAAGGACCCCUUUUAUACAAUGCAUUUGUUGUGAAGAUAGUACACAAGUGAUCCCUGUGGAUGGAUUCAUGGCAGAUGUGUUUGAAAUUGAUGUAAGCAUGUUAAGUGCUUGCCAGUGUUCUUGGAAAGGAAAUUUGGACUUCAAAGAAAUUCCAUUUGCACAAAAAAAUUAUAUCCUGGAAGUUACACAUACAUAACACCAUUUCCACCAACUAUGUAUAGGAAGCCUAUCACAGGACUAUGCUGGCACAUUUCCUACCCUCAUUCUUUGAAUGUUUUCUCUACAAGAAAAGCACAAAAGGUUUACAGAAAAGAAAGAGAGACUUAUGGCCUGGCUUGGCCUAUGUAUAAAAUAUUAUGAGUUUAGAAUCCUGAAGUGGUAAAAUAGAUUUACCACUUCAGAGCAUAGGUGUGUGGGGCAGUUGCUAUUUCUAAACAGUAUACACACAUACACCCUGCAGUUAGAAAAAAUGCACCUAACAUUUGAAAGAAGAAAUGUCUACUUCAAUCUCUCACUUCCUUGCUACAUUUCUACCAGAGGAGGUUUCUAGCAUGGAGGGAUUCAAAGCUAUAAUUUCCCUCUUGUGCACUUGGAAGUAGUACAGUCCAUUUUGUCAUGUUUUUCCUUUCUUACUCCAUUUGAUCUGCAGAUCAGGUCUUACUAGUGCCAGUGCCUAGAAAUGAGACAUCUGCCUCAGCCAAAGCACCUUAUGCUGAUUUCUGUGCAUGCAUGUAUUUUGAAACAUGCACACAUGCACAAAAGAAUGGGACAUCCUGCAGGCAUUCUGGUUUCUUCUCUGCUCCACAUCAUAUCACCCUGCUCCUCCUUCAGCCUUUGAUUGUUGUCACUGACAUUUAAACUGGUGAACAAGAGAAGACAUUUGUUCUGUCCAUUCAUACAUGUGUGACAGCCAUCCAUAUGACAUGAUUGUAGUGAUCAUCUAAACCAGCUAUUUGUGCACCAGGUCAUUUACUUUAGCAAUAUCUUCCACUGAACCCUGUUGUACUUAGUUUCAAGUAAAUAAAAACAGGGUCAGGCUGCAGCAUGGCAUCCAUAGUCUGGAUUUUUCAAUAGGAAGCAAACAACCCACUGACAAUUUAAGAUCUGAGUAGGGUCCAAACUAUGUAAAUACUAUUAUCAAAGUGGUUUUGUAUAGUAAAGACAACUCAACAGUGUGUUUUUUUUUCUUGGAUUUUUGUUUUUGGGUUGUGUGAAUGAUGACAAUUCUGGGUUAACAUUUUAUGUUUAGAUAUUCUUCGUCUUAUAUUUUUCUAUUUGGAAAAAGUAUAUUUGGGGGUUUGAAAAACCAAGGGGAAUGCUUAUUUGAAGAGCUAUUUUUCUUUUUUGAAGUGUGAAUAAUACUAAACACAGAACUUUUUAGUUGUAAAUAAUAGAGUCUUUUCCCUUUUUCUAUUGGACCAGUCUUCCUGCUUCUUUCCUUUCCUCUCAGAUUAAGUUGCAAAUUUCCACUAUUAAUAUAGAGGCUACUAUAGUAUUGCCCGAUUUAUGUUCCCAUACUCUGGCUAUUAUUUCCAUGCUAUCUCUAAGAAAAAUUUUCCUUAGUACCCCCAUCUCUCUUAUUGAAAGGAUACAUGAAUCUCAAGAUAUUACUAUUGAUAAGAAAUAUCACCUGUGCCAUUUUUGAAGUGCUUUUAGGCCAGUUCUUUUUCUUCAUACUUUCAGCCUUCACAGAAUCUUUCCAUAUCAGUUUAUCCUCCAGAAAAUAUUUGUGUUCUUGCUAAUAAAAACAGCUUUUGAUGUCCAGACAGGCAGUGUACAUGCUAGGGAGGGCCAGACAUUCACAUCAGCCACAUACUUGCAAGAUGCAACCUUCAGCUACCAUUGUCUCUACCGCAUCUUGUGUACCUAUUUGCGUCUUCUGAGCAUACUGCCUGAGUGGCUGUUGAACCCAGCACAUAGAAGACCCUGAAGCAAGUACAGAUUGAAUCUCCCUCAUCCAAAAUGCUUGGGACCAGAAGUGCUCAGAUUUUUAUUUUUUUUUUCAGAUUUUUGAAUAUUUACAUAUACAUAAUGAGAUAUCUUGGAGAUGGGGCACAAA